CUGCUCUCGCUGAGCACAUGGGCGAGCGCUCUGGAGCCUCUGCCGCAGAUGAUAGAGGAGCGCCGAAGCACUCUCCCGGUCUACGCUAAAUCCUUCACUGAUGAGUACGAGCCGUACGCGAUGGCCGCCAUCCCUCUCAACUCAGCGAUGCCCAUAUUCCAGCUCAUAUCGCCGGGGUACCGCACCAAGUAUAAGAAACCAGUCAAGCCGCGCCCUCAACGGAACCAAUACAAAGAGGCCUACGCGUAUGAUUCAUCAAACAACGAAGAAGCAUACGAUCCGUACAGCUACGACACUGAAGAAGUGGAAGUUAUCAGUCCACAGAAGCACUCUAAGAACAGUCCUUAUGAGGAAGACGCCUCGUCGGUGGUGGUGUACGCGCGCCCUAACAAGUACGGCGGCUACUCCUACCGCAAGCACCCCUCGUACUCCUCGCACCCCUCAUACUCCUCACACUCUCACUACUCCCCGUCUCCCUCACCCAUACAGACGUUCUCCUCGCCUCAAGCCCACGACCAGAAGCCCGUCAUAAUACGUAUACAUAAAUAUCGAGUCAUACACUGA